AGUGUCACUUUGACAGAGGAUUGGGUUCUCUAGCUUCAACUUCAUACAAAUUCUAAAUGCUUUUAUGGUUUUUAAAUAUUACUGAAAAACCGUGAUAAUUUGCUUUCUUUUCAUAUUUGACUGAUUGAAAUAAAUAAGAGUAACUAAUAAAGAUGGGGCGGCGAUCUAUAAAUACCACGAAAAGUGGUAAAUACAUGAAUCCGACAGAUCAAGCAAGAAAGGAAGCAAGAAAGAAGGAAUUGAAAAAGAACAAAAGGCAAAGACAGAUGGUCCGAGCAGCUGUUCUGAAAAUGAAAGAUCCAACACAAAUUCUUGAAGAGCUUCAGAAGAUUGAUGAAAUGGAAUUUAAUGUACUUCAGCCAUCUCCACUCAAUGAAAAAGUGCUCAAAGAGAAAAGAAAAAAAUUAAGGGAAACUUUUGACAGAGUACUAAAGAUGUAUGAUAAAGAUGAUCCUGAAAAAUGGGUUGAGCUGAAACGUCAAGAAAUGGAAUAUGAAAAGAGAAGAGCCCAUCUCAUAUCUUACUAUGAGUCUGUAAAGCAUGCCCAGUCAGUUCAAGUGGACGAUAUUCCAUUGCCAACUUUACAAGUUCCUGACAAUUUGAUAUAUGGCAAUAUGCCUUCACAGAUACCUCUGCCAUUAGAUUCAGCUCACCCUAAUGGACCAGUCAAACCUAUUUUGAAGAAAGACUCUGCAUACAGAGAACGCCCGUUGGGUAUUGAGCCACCAGGUGUCCCUCCUGGCCCACCCAUAGACAUCGCAUUACUCGUAGCAGACGCGGCCAAGCUUAAAAUCAUCAAGGAAAAGAAGAACAUUCGCUUUAACUGCUUGCCUGAUGAAGGACCUCCUGGUGAAUGCAAUUAUUCACCGCCAACCAACCAAGUCCAUCCACAAACAAUCAUACCUAUGCCCAACGAAGACUUCGACGGUGAACAAAUAGUAGAACCAGAACGGCCUACUUCACCCCACGCUGUGGCCAAGCCUACACCCAAACCGACGUCGCUACAACAACGCAUGUUGGCUCUUUCUGGCCAAAACAUAGACGAUUUCAUGAAAGAGAUGGAGGAAGUGCACAGAAAGAGGGAGAGAGACAGAGCUGCGGAUUUGAAUGCCAGAUUGAACGCGUUGAAACGCACCGGCACAGAGGCGCGGGACAGUGAUUCGGACAGCGACACUGAAACAGCGCCUCCUCACAUCCAGCCGCAGGAGUUCCUUGAGCCGCCCGGCGCGGAGAUGAGGCAGAUGCCGCCGCCGCUGAUGCCGCCCGGUCUCCGUCUACCAAUCCGCGCGCCUCUAGGCCUCCCGCCUCUCCGUUUACCCCCCGGGCCGCCCGCAGGCCGUCCUCCGGCGCCCCCGGGGCCCCCGCCCGGGCUGCCCCCGCGGGGAAUGCUGCGCCCCCCGGGGCCCCCUCCCGGCGCGCCCCCACGUCUGCUGCGCCCCCUAGUGCCGCCCCCGCCGCCUAAAGCGAUGCCGCAAGUGUCCGUGCUUACAGCCGCACCGCAGCUCAUACCGAAAAAGGAUGGACCUCAAGGAACCACUAUCAGUGCGAAGCCACAGAUAAGAAACCUCUCGGCUGACGUCACGAGGUUCGUGCCGUCGGCUCUUCGAGUCAAGAGGGAAGACAAAAAAGCGAAACCCGCCAAAACUGGCCUUAUACAGAGACCGGCGGAUAUUCCCAAACACGCGCCCACCAAGGACGAUGCUUACAUGCAAUUCAUGAAAGAAAUGGAGGGAUUAUUAUAAGGGGCACGAUGGAACUGUAUAUAUUUUACUUAUCUGUAUGGACUAGUUAAUAAAUAAUACUUAAGAACAGUA